AUGGGAAUCAGACUACCUUCACUUCUCCUCAAUGCCAAGCAAGUUGUCAAGAUGCAUACCGUUUCUUCAAGAAACCAAUGUGGUGUUCCCAAAGGCCAUAUUGCAGUCUAUGUGGGAGAUAUGGAAAGAAAACGCUUUGUAGUUCCAAUAUCAUACUUGAACCAUCCUUCUUUUUCUGCUUUGCUCAAGAGUUCUGAAGAAGAAUUUGGAUUCAAACAUCCAACUGGAGGUGCUGCAGCAUCAGAGACGGUGGCAGCAGACUCUUUAGUAAGCCUAGAGAUAGCAUACAUUUUUAACAAUUCCAGUGUUCCUCUUUCUUUCAUUAAGCGAUGUAAGAGGGACGCUGGUCUUCGCAAGAAAACAGAGGGCGAGAGAUACUCACAGAGCGCGCACGAGAGAAAAGCGGAAGGAGGGCGUUAUCGAGCAGCAGUUUACAAGCUUAGCCGAGAGCUUCUUCAAGCCACUAUCCUGAUUCCUGCAUGCACGAGGUAA